CGCUCGUUUGGGCGUGAAACCGAGUCACGGAAGAAAGCUUCGAUUUCGGCGUACUGGAAUAGACUUGUAUUUUGUUGUGUUUUUUUUCGGGAUAAAUCUCACAGAAAUGUCGUGGAAUAACCCACACGGGAAUCCGCCAUCCUACAAUCCUGGAUAUGGGGGUCAUCAGGGUUAUGGACAACAGCCACAUGGAUAUGGUGGUCAGCAAUACGGACAGUAUGGCCCACCACCCUCGGCAUAUCCUGGCCAAUUUAGUGCUCCAACUGGAGGCCCGCCGCCUGGUGUAGACCCAUCCCUUUGGCAAUGGUUUCAGGCAGUUGAUCAAGAUCGCACUGGAAAGAUCACAGCCUCUGAACUUAGAGCAGCACUUGUGAAUUCCAACUGGUCACAAUUUAAUGAGGAGACAUGUCGCACGAUGAUUGGGAUGUUUGACAAAGAUGGGUCUGGGACUAUCGAUAUCUAUGAAUUCGCAGCACUUUGGCAAUACAUUCAGCAAUGGAAAAACUGCUUUGAUAGUUUUGACCGUGAUAGAUCAGGAACAAUAGAUGCAGGAGAGCUAAACACCGCGUUCUCCACCUUUGGAUAUCGACUAUCACCACAGUUUUGUAAUCUUUGUGUUCAAAAGUUUGACCGGUCGGAUCGCAACACCAUGAAAUUCGAUGAUUUUAUCCAGUGCUGUGUUAUGCUUAAGUCCCUGACAGACGCCUUCAGGAAAUACGACGUACAACAAUCUGGCCAAGUCACCAUAAGUUAUGAACAGUUCCUGGAGAUGGUCCUCGGUCACACACUAACCGGUCUUUAACACGAUGCUAUCGAGUUUGAAUAGAAUAUACUUUGAAAGUAGCGUGUACCCGCCCGCAAUCAGAGCUCUGCUGGUCGGAGCUACAUAGCUUAGCACAUAUAACAACGAAUCAAACUACAAGUACAAGAACAGGGAACCAAAUACAAGCGGUAAAAGGCAAUUGUUCCGAACGAGCGGUGUUCAUAGAAUAUAUCAUGCUGAUUCUCAUGCCUUUCCUUAGAAGCGGCAUCGUCAACAGUUUACUUCCGGUCGAUUGCGUAACAAUAUCCGAUGAUUUUUAACGGAAACGCGAAAUAUAUUUCCAAAUUGUGAAAGCAUUGUGUCUAUUGGAAGUUUCUUUAAGGGUGUGAUUGAUAAUUUAGAGCGAAUAGUCUGUUAAAUAUUGCAGAUUCUAAUAGAUCGAUUGAGGUUUCCGUCGGGCCUCUGUAAGACAGAAAUGCUGGAAUUGCGAGGAGUGGAUAACCUACGUGUAUCCGCAGAUUCGCGAAUAAUAUCCUCUCGUGUGAGUCAGCGGCUACACGUAGGCUACGGAGUGAAGCCCCGUUCAGGCAGCAUCAGCAUUAGAAAGCAUUGCCGGCGAGGCUUCGCUCAGUUCCCGGCAAGGCUUCGUUCAGUUGCCGGCAAGGCUUCGCUCAGUUGCGAACGACUUCCCAGCACCUCCCCAACAUGCCGCAGUCUCGUACCCAGACGACGCGUGAUGCAUUAUGGGGACGCUGGAGAAGCACCCGGUGCAUGGUGGACAGGAUGCGGUUUGAGGGGUUGGAAUUGGCCAUUCCAGCUAUGAGCAUGCGCGCGCACUCACCAUGGGAACCCACCUCAACUACCGGCAUGCAGCGCGCACUUCGUUUGAUGUAAGCUUAAAAAAGCGCGAGCUGCAUUCUGUAUGCGCGCGCAAACUUAUAGCUCGAAUGGCAUAUUCGCUUGAAGGCUGUUCUUUCCAGAAAUACUUCCGAUGUUUGCACGAGGCUUACGCAAUUUAAGGUAUCCAAUUUUGCUCGACGUUGUCGUCUGUUGACGAUUUCUUCAAACUGUCAGGUUAAGAAUGUUGUCAAUGUAAUGUUAGCCUUGCAUCUAUGCGCUAUUUCCACAGUGUUAUCCCUGCGAAGUAAUUCAAUAAAUUAUUACUAUCAAGACAGCAUAGAUUGAUUAAGGUGUCAUGGUAACAACUGUGUAUUUGUCAGACUUUCUGCUCGUUUUAACAGAAAACUUGAAGCUAAACACCCACGUUAAAUUGCGGUAAUUUGGCAGAGAAAAAGCUGCAAAUAUUUGGAAGACGCCUAUAAACAAAACGCCCCUUUUGUUUACUUAUGGUAAUAAGUGAAAUUUUGUUUUUUUCCGAGAGGGGACUCGGUCGAAUUGAGAGCGCAAAAAGCAGGAAUGUUGAAGCUAUUAGGGUGUCUUGUAAAAUUCAUAAAAAAAUGUUUUAACCAAAGAAAAAAGGAUUUCGACCCCGCA